UAUAAAAAGGUCCCAACAGCCCCGUUCUCUCACUCUUAUCUUCAUACUCAUCCAUCACUCUUCAUCCAUUCAAACUUCCUUCAUCUUUAAUACAUUAAACUCUACACUACACAUCAUGUCUGGCUACGAUCAGUACAACCAGCAGGGCGGCUACUACAACCAAGGCCAAGGCCAAGGAGGCUACGGUCAGCAGGGUGGCUACCCCCCUCAGGGCGGCUACCAGCAGCAGGGUGGCUACGGACAGUCUUCUGGAUACGAUCAGGGAUACAACCGUAGCGGUAGCUCCGGCUCCGGCGCUGCCAGCGACUACUACGGCGGUGGCGGACAGUCCGAGCACCACCAGCAGUCUUACGGCGGUCAGCAGAACUAUGGCGGCCAGCAAGGAUAUGGUCAGCAGAGUAGCUACGGAGGAUCCGACGAACAGGCUCCCGGCGGUGCUCAGGAUGGUGAACGUGGCCUCGGCGGUGCUCUUGCCGGUGGUCUGGCAGGUGGCUUCGCCGGCCACAAGGCCGACCACGGAUUCCUCGGUGCGGUUGGUGGAGCUAUCUUGGGUCACAUCGCACAGGACGGCUGGAAGCAGCACAAGGACAAGAAGGAGCAAGAGGAGCAGCAACAACAGUAUGGUGGCUACGGUGGCAGCCAAUAUGGCGGUCCCCCCUCCCAGGGUGGAUCCAACAACGGUAUGAUGGACCAGCUUGGCCAGUUCUUCAAGAAAUAAGCUAUCAAUGUUCACCUCGCUUCUCCACGAUGAUCCCUUUCCACAACACGUGAACUAGCUCCUUUCGACUUCUACCUCGUUCGGCUGGCCGGGUUCGCACGAUUCUCUUGACGUUUUUCUGUCUCUGCCUUGCUUCACAUGGACAUGUUCUGGGGAUACACUUCUUGUUUUCUAUUCAGUUUGUUGCUACAUCUGGGCUUAUUAGCUCACUUACGAUGAGACGCGUUGUUCACUGGCCUUUUUAUUUUUACAACUAUAGCUCUUGCUCCCUUGAAUUAGACUAUUGUCUACUUGAAUUGAAGUGGAUAUUAGCUUCCAUACUC